ACAUGUUUUCGGGUCUUUACGGGUGGCGAACCAAUGGAUUUGGAUUCUGGUGGUCAUUGGGUGGCAGGCUCACUUCCCCGUUUUGGCCUUAUGUUCUUUCUUGUAUAGCAUCUACAUCUACUUUUGUCUAUGUGUACCAUGUCCCGUGUACCAUGUACUAUUCCCCCUCUUGGUUUCUUUUGUUUUGGACUCGCUGUAUCUGAUUGGAUCUGGACGAGUCAGCUGCCGACGGAUUUUUUUUUUACUGUACUCGUUCAUAAUCUGGAGAGAGGAAAUGCGACGUCAUCAUUGGUGUAUGCAUCACAUCUGCCCCCCUGUUUUGGCGCAAGAGAGAAAUUCGCUCCCUUCAGUCCGGUUUGGAAGGCAGUGGUCUGGCCUCGAAGUUGAUCAGAGCCCCCCGUAUAGACCAAUGGACGAAGCACAGUUUGACGGAUUCCCAUGGAACGAGAUCGUGCUGUAUCAAUGUUUGCUUUAGGGAUGGGAACAGGAUGCUCGUCAUCGCGGGUCGAACACUG